UUGUUCAAUCAAUACGCUGCGAUCUUAACCGAGGUAGAUUCGUGAUAGAUAAGAUGUUGGACUUACUGAAAAAACUUUUCAAGAAGAAAAAUAUUGAGGUAAAAAUUGAAAAAGUGGAAAGCAAAGAGUAUGAAGAGGCAGACUUUGAAACCGCAAUUUCAUCAGCAAGUUUUGGAAAAUUCAACUUGCUGAUAAUCAUUCUCGCCAUACCAAUGUGUUGGACAACAAUCUUUGAAACAACUACAAUGUCCUACGUAUUCCCAGCAGCUCAAUGUGACCUCAACUUGUCCUUAGAAGAUAAGGGUCUCCUGAAUGCUAUAACUUAUGCAGGGACUUUCGUCAGUGCCUUCGUAUGGGGUUUCCUGUUCGAUACGUUUGGAAGGAGAAAACUGCUGAUUGUAGGCUUCUUUCUCAAUGCUAUAUUCGCUGUUCUCGGAAGUUUUUCCCAAACGCUAGAAUUUCUGAUGGUUAUGAAAUUCAUGGGAGGAUUUAUAAUGUCAGGUCCGUUUGCUGCUCUAACGACAUACCUCUCGGAAAUACACUCUGUAUCUUACCGGCCUAAGGCACCUAUGUUGCUGGGUUUGUGGAAUGCCGCUGGAUCCCUGUAUCUUCCUCUACUUGCUUCGUUUGUGCUUCCCUUGAAGAUCGAAUGGAAGAUAGGACAUUGGGUUUUCCACUCUUGGAGCCUCUUUCUCCUCAUCAACUCCAUUCCACCAAUAAUGAGUGCAGCUAUUUUCGUAUUCCUACCAGAAAGUCCAAAGUUCUUGAUGUCCCAGGGUAAAAAUGAGGAGGCUUUGGAAGUUUUCAGGAUGAUUUACAGUAUGAACACAGGAAAACCAAAGGAUACAUAUCCAGUGAGAAAACUGGUAAAAGAACGUGGAGAAAUCGAAGAAGUUGAAAACAAAGAACGAAAGAGUUUGGUCAAAGGUGUUAAAGAUGGAUGGCAACAAAUGCGUCCCCUAUUCCAUGCACCUUUCCUGAAGAUUUUGCUCUUGGUGUGCUCAAUACAACUUUUCAUGACAAUGAGUUUGAACACCUUGAGAUUGUGGUUUCCCCAGCUCUUCCAAGCAAUAACAGAUUACAAAUUCAAGUAUGGAAAAUCAUCUACUCUAUGUGAGAUGCUUUCUGUCUUACACCCAAAAGAAGAAGAAGAUGAAUGUUUCGUGAAUACUGAUAAUCUUGAGGUCUAUCGGAACUCAAUGAUAGUGUCCAUAACCCAAGUUUGCUCAUAUCUUCUGGCCGGCAGUCUUGUAAAUCUGUUAGGCCAAAACUUUCUGUUGAAUAUUGUGAGCCUUUUGUCUGGUUCUUUUGCGGCAGGAAUAUAUUUUUCUCCUAAUAGUGAGAUAGCAACUGCACUUAUAGCUGGAUUCACAAGUCUGGCUAGUAUAGGAACUAACGCUAUACUUAUAGUAGUGGUCAACUUAUUUCCAACAACUUUGAGGACUAUGACUGUAUCUUUGGCGAUGAUGUGUGGUAGAGGAGCUGCAAUGUGUGGAAAUAUAAUUUUUCCAUAUCUUUUAGAAUUGGGUUGUGGCCCACCUUUUUUCAGUGCAGCUUGUAUUAUGUUCUUGAGUUUCAUAUUAUCACUACUGAUUCCGAAACAGAAUAAAAAUUUUAUAUGAGGAUAAUUGUUCAAAGAGAAUAGUUGGAAUAAAUAAUAUGUUCUG